UCGUGUUCCAAAAAAGAAAGAUGGCGACGUCAGCCGUGGUGGAGUUGUGGCGGUCGUCGUUCCGGCCUAGUACGAACCGCUAAGUCUCGUAAAAAAAAGUCGUUUCGUGCAGUUCUCUUUAAACUAACCUCGUGCCAAACAUCGUUUCGAUGCUUCGUCGACGCUGAUCGCCGACGCGCCAAGGAGCAGACGACGAAAGCAGCCGCCAUGCCGAAACUCAUGGAAAACAUUCAGCUCGGCUUUGCGGGCUGCCGGAUCGCUUUCCGGCGGUGCUGCAACUGGGUUUCCUGCGGCAGUCGCUCGGGGUCGGAACUCCGGGAGCAGUACGAGGUGCUCUGCCUGGGUCUCAUGGGGGCUGGGAAGUCGACUGCCCUGGCAACCCUGGUCGGCGAACCGUCGGACGCCCUGGAGCCCACCACGGGCUUCAACAUCAAGACGCUUCCGGUCAACGAUACCGUGCUCAACAUCAAGGAGCUCGGAGGUACGGACGCCGUGCGUCCCUUCUGGCACCAGUACUUUGAGGGCGUGCACGGGCUGCUGUUUGUGGUGGACGCGUCGUCCGGAGAGGCGUCCUUGGCGACGGCUAGGGACACCCUGCAGAAGGAGGUCCUCGCCCAGGGGAGCCUCAAAGGACGGCCGUGCGUCGUGCUCGCCACCCACGCAGAUGUCGGCCACAGCAUCCCUUCCGCGCAGGUGGAACAGCUGCUUCAGGGUGUGAUGCACGGCCGCAAGUGGGCGGUUGUGUCCUGCUCACGUGGCGAACGCCAGGGUGUGCUCAAGGGUCUUGAGAUGCUCACGGGAUAUAUGACGGCCUCAUCAAAGUAGGCACCACAGAUCCUUGGACCCAGAGAAGACAGAAAUUCUCAUCCCAUCUUGUGGGACAGUCAAAGCCCUCCAUGGACCGUUGCUCUCAAGACUGCCAGAUACUGUUCAAGGGCUGCACAACAAAGGAGCUGUCAUGUGCCAGAACCCUCCUUGAAAAUGGCCUUUGGGGUGCUCUGGAAUUGUCCUGACAUGUGUUAGAGGAACUCCCUUGGAGCAUUUUUGGAAACCCUCCGAGUUGUCCUGGACAUUGUUCUGGAAGAUAUCCUGGAAAUAUCCUUUGAACUGCCCUGGUGCUCUUCUGGGAGUCUCCCGGAAUUACCUUUCUGGGGAUUGCCUGGAACUCUGUUGGAGUUUCUGUUGGAGGUUCUCCAGGACUGCAUUGGAAACUUCUAAAAGCAUUCUGGAGCAAUCUUAAACACCUGUUCAAGAACUGCUCCAGUAAUUCCUUUGGAAUUUUUCUGGAGCUUUCCAAGAACUGUCCUGGAGGCCUUCUCGAAGUCUCCCGAAACUCCUCAAGAAGUCUCCUAGAACAGUGUGAGGAACCUGUCCCUGAACCUCCCCAGGAACUACCUGGGAACUGUCCUAAAGUUCGACCUGAGUUAUCCUGGGACCUAUUUUAGGAGCCCUUCUGGGACACUUCUGGAACUGUUCCAGGGUUACCCUGCGAAUCUGUGAAACUCCCCUUGAUCUUUUCUGGAACUGUCUGGGAGGAUGUCCUAGGCGUCUCCUUGAACUUUUCCCGGGAAUCUCCUUGGAACUGUCCCAGAAUACACAGUUGAUGUGGACGGCACUCACAUGGGCACAGCCUGACAGGUUCUUUGGCUCACUUGUCCUCUGCUGGUGCACAUUCAUCCCCAGCGUUUCUUGCUGAAAACAGGGACAAGGCCAUCUUCAGUAUUUCAAUUUGAGUAAGGGGAGGAGGCGAAGCUGGACGCAGGUUUCAGAUGCUCAGUGGCGUUACGAGACAACGUUUGAUGUGUGUGCACCCAUUGUUUGCCUGUGCUUGUUUGGCGUGCUUGUCUUCUAUUGUUUUUUUCUGUUUGUCUGUGCAUGGUGUAUCCGAGAUUGGGGCCGCCUGGUCAUGCGGUAGGCACAGAAAGGAAGCAGUGCGCAGCGCUCAACAUUUGCGUCUGGGAGCUCAAGCAUAAUUUCGGCUGCAUGUAUGAAUUGGGUGUGCAAUCCUUUCCUAUGGUGAUAACUGUGAUAUACUACUAACUCCGACAUCAUAGCCCAGUUAAUGAACAGGACUAGGAGAAUGCAGGAUCACAUUGUAUGACCUCGGGUGCAGAUGUUGCACACUGCACGGAUGCUGUCUUUUCACGUCUACUACACAGUCUGGUCACCUUUGUACUGUUUGCUGUUAGUAGUUUGCAAACCAUGAAUGGUGUUCAGCAGUUAUGUUUGAGGGGUCGUGGGGUCUUAUGGCAGAUCUCAUUUCGAUGAAGCUCACCGAGUUCUGGCGUGUAGACCUCUGUCGAAAACCCCCUAGUGUGCUAUGUUGUGAUUGAUCUUGUGAUUGGUCUGAUCUGUGCAUUUUCUGAUCAGUUAGUUGGCGUCUCCUUCUGAGAGUGUUCCACUCGUUAACAGGCAAAGCCUAUGCAAACCGUUUGAAUGGGGAAUCAAUAUUUUCGGGGAGCUGGUUGUAUUCUUAAAAAGAGCUGUAAAGUCACUUACAGAUGUAAAGUUACAAACAGACGUAACAUCGCAGACGGAGCAUACAUCCUUUUAGUGUUCUUUCCUGCUAAAUUUGCAGGCAGUGCUUCUGUUGGAGCCUCAUUUAAUCUCGAAACUUAAAGGGGCCCUGCAGCGACUUUUUUACUGGUUUUUAAUUUUCACCGAACCUGAGCGCACUGAACGUAGUAACCUAGUGAAACUUUUCUUUUCACGAAAUUUAUACAUUUCGUGAAUGUAUGAAUUCGUGAAAUUCAUACAUUUUAGAAGUUAUAGACAAAUUUAAAUUACAAAAACGAGCAAAAAAUAACCUCCCUCAUGACGUCCUUGGUUGCUUGAGUGGCCGUGAACUAUAGGAGGGGUAGUGAGCUGGUCGAGCGCUCACGGCUGCCGCACUCCGUGUCGAUGGCGCGAGAGGGCGCCACUAAAGCAUGUUCUGGAUAGGCUGUAUACAGCGGGCAGCCAGAGUGGCUCUCAUUGCAUUUGCUGCAUGAUUAAAUACUAAUUCAACAUGACACUUCAUUGGCCACAAACGACAGCAAACACGGGGUAAAGAUCAGUCCAGAAUGGAAGCCACUUCGUGCUGCCAUACCGCAAAACGGCAAAACCGCAAGACAAAGCUUCUCGUCGAAGGCCUUCGGAACGCUCAAAGCCGGUCGGAUCCUCUUGUCCAUAGGACCGCGGUGCCGCCACGUACAUCUGGGACCUUUCCAUGUCGGCGCCUGAUCCUGCUACUCCUUUCUAGUAUGCGCCGCCUUUUCCACUGCUUGGUGGCGGGUAUGUCGACGGGUCAUUUCUUGUUUUCGUGCUUUAUAACCUGCAUUUCUUUCUUUUCUGAUCUAAAAUACCGAACAACAACUACUUUUAUAAAUAAUUGAUACAGUUCGCGCCACAUAUAUUUUGUAUUUCGACUAAAAAGAAGCUUUUAGCGGCUCUGACCAGUAGUAAGCCCGGGACUAAAGACUGCACAUAUCGCACGCUUUCGGUACCGCGGGUCGCCCUCAUCGGUGAAAAAGGUUUCCGCGUCGUCCGGUUCAAAUAUGACGCACUGAUAUUUAGUUACUCUCUCCGUGCCCGCUGGCUUGCCCGAACCACAAGAGACGUGGAAACCGCAAAAAAGGUAGACACUUAAAUAUGAUUGCAGGGCCCCUUUUACAAAGACUGAUUCUCCAUUCACGGGAGUUUGGUAGAAACCUGAGCAUUUUAUUUUAUCCUAUGUUUGGCUUUUCCUCGCAGUUAUCGCUGUGUGCAACGAUUUUACCAACCUUUAUACUCAAUUUCAGGACUGGUGAUACCGAGGUUAUUUUGCAAAAGAAACCCUUUAUGGGUUUAUUUUGCAAAAUAAGUGUUCCCUCGUCCCAAGGAUUAGGGAGGGUUCUCGCAAUUUUAGAAAAACUUGGCAGUUUUCAAAGUCCAUCUACUGUCCUUAAAGUUCCAAGUCCGGGGCCGCAGAACGAAGAUGAGGUGUUUGCUCCGUAGCUCUCGUCUUACCCACCACAUGGCCGACCGACUUGUUGCGUAGUGCCAAGUGCCCCAGGGUACCAUCGAAUAGUUUGUUUUUAUUCCAGUAGGGUUCAGUGCGUGUCAGCCGGAGGCUACUCAAGCACAUUUUAAUGUCCUAUCAAAAGCUUUUUAUUUUAGGUACAAAUUUUUAGUUUGAUUGGAGAACUGCAUUCGUUGGUGGUUAGAUCCAGUGCCACCUAGCUGGAAGACUUGGCCUGCACCUUUUUUCUUCUAACGUCAUUACUAGUGGAUCCCUGCAGGACGUCUGCUCCGGACAUCUGGCUUCCAUCAUGCUUCGUUGCCAUCUGCUCCGCUUUGGCUGUGCGCGCCCUCUAGAAGCUUGCAGGACGCCAAAAUGUUAUCAAAGGUAGAGAGCUCGUGCUGGAGGCGAAAGAACCGAAAGGCCUCCUUGAUGUUUUGUCCCGUCGGUUAUCGUAGUCUGCGUUGCUGCGAUUGCGUUCCCGGCACGUUGGUGUGGUCGUACAAGAGGGGCGAUGCUAGCUCGUGCCGACUCAGCGUACCGACGUCUGCCAUUUCACUACGCCCUCGUUGAGCUUGAGCAUGUUUUCCGCUCGGGGUGGGUUGAAGGUUCACCGUACUCCAUUUCACUUUUUGACAGGCCGCAGCGGACGCUACAAGUCCGAGCCAAUCUGACGCCGCUCAGUCGCAUGAUGCGUCCACGGCACCGGAUUGGCUGGGACGGCUCGCAACAUCUGCUGCGAUUCGUUCAGUCCUUAUUGCCUAGGUUGUACCGCUGGGCGACCCACCAGUGUGGGAUACCAAUCUGUUUUGCACAAUUUUCAACAUGCUAACGCAAAUUUUAGUACAAAAGUGACGAGUGCUCGGAUGUGAGGGUGGCACGGCAUCUGCAAUGCAAUUUUCUUCACCGUUAGGACACGCUGAGGAUCUUGUGGGGACAAAUUGGGCCACAACGCCAAUAUGUCGAGUUGCUUAAGAAGGAAGUUUAAGUUUUUUUCUCGGGACAGACGAUCCACGCCGACUCUGCCAAGGGAAUAGUUUCUAUCCGUAAUGUGCUCUCGCAGCGGGCGCUUGUGCGCCGGACUAUUCGUACCAAAGAAGGUGGUUACCGUACCAAAACAGUGCUCGAGACCAACCUUUACUUCACAGCCAAGGUCCCAACAGAACCGUGUACGAUUGGCCAUCUGUUUUGAUUGUGUGGUUUGCCAAAUUUUACGAAGAACCUUUGUUAGUGGCUUGCAAGAGAGACAACUAUCUGUUGUGGCUUUUUUGAAAAAGCAGACUGGAAGAUUUUUUUAAGGGCUGACCAGCAAAGAGGAAAUCGUUCCGUAGGAUUGGAAUGAAAGCUAUCUUUGAAGUUGUGUAAUUUCUUUUUCUUUUUUCCAGUUUGCUUUUGGCAGGAAUUUGCUGGGGCAUGCAGAGUUUCAUGUCGAUAGGGCAGCAGCAGUACAACCAACGCAGUACAAUCAACAGUGGAGGCAGAGUAAUACAAUGCUGUACUACGUGCAAAGCCAGCACUUGAUUGACGGGCAUCAUUGUUUGUUUUUUUCAUUUAUCUCUCGUCAUGCCUUUGUGGUCUUUCCUCAGUUUUCUGCUGUGAAUAUCUUGUUCAAUAUUUUUAACCAGUCAUCCAUAGUUCCUCGAAUUUCGCCUUCUGAUAUGUUUUUUUUGUUGCUUACUCUUGUGCAUGCCUUUUAUUGUCUACAGUCUACUGAAAUUAUUGAUUGCCAAAUUUUGUUCUUCACUGGCAUCGAAUGUGCUGGGAAUGUCUUUAAAUGUUGCGUUUGUCUAUUCGAUUUAAUCUGGCUGCACCUAUAUAGGAGUCAGUUUGAUAUUGUUUCUGCGAACUCUAGUCUCAGUAUGACUAUCGGUGGUUAUCGGGUUUCUGUAGGUUCCUGGAAAAAAAAAAAAAAGAAGUGUUUUGUCUUGUUCAACUGCAUUUGUGGGUUUAAAGGGGCAUCAAUGAUGGUGUCAAACAUCUUGUUUUCAUUAACUUUUUUUUUUUUUUUUUGCCACAGGAGGUUUGGGUAUUAUCUUCUCCAGUUUUUCUGAGGUGUGUUUUUGAGAAACUGCUUCUGAAAAAAAGGUCAGGAACAGGAGAAACGAAGUCCUCUCAUCUUUUUUUUUUCUUUUCUACCCUCGGCAUUAGAAAGACUGCUACUGUGGUGUUAAGGCCCGUUCACACUCUUGCGACUUCUUAGAACUUGGUCCCUUGAAACCUCUUGUAACGAGAGGACACAGUGGCGCCAUCUAUUGGGUAGCAGUGUAAACUUGGCGGUCCGGCAUAUUUUCUAUUGCUCCCGCGCAUUAUCCUUCCUUUCUUGACUCGAAAAACUUUUGUAAAUGUUAUAAACGAGCCUUUUUCAUAGGUAUUAUGCACAUUUGACCUCGGAAAUCCCGCAUUACCUUCGCUCUUGGGAAUUGCAGUGCCAGGGUCAUCGCAUAGAUGGCGCCAUAAUGCCAGUGUGUUUUAAGUGUGUUCCCUCAUCCUAAGAAAUAUUAAGAAGUUUUAACAGAUCUCGUCUCUCUCGGUCGUGCUCGGUUGCAAGAGUGUGAACGGGCCUUAAGAGUUCAAGUGAUACCCAUGCAAGUCCUUUAUCCACAGCGAUCAUAGGAUAGAGUUGUGUCUCAAGUGCAAACAGAUCUGCAGGCAAAGCACUUCUUGGAGUAUGCUUGAAUGUUUGUCAAAAUUAACUUCAAAACUUUUUUUUUUUUUGUGGUUUGACUUUAUUUGUUUUAGGUUUUCAUUUGCAGGCAUUGUUAGGAUGUGUUGCUCUCAGGUUUCCUUUGUACAACACACACAACUUUGUAAAAGGUCCGAUAGAGAAACUUCGACCACCUUUUUCACCCCGCGGAAUGAAACUAUGUAUUGUAGAAAACUGUACCUCCAUCUAAAUAAGAGGCUUGGUGGAAAUAAAAUCAGAAAUUUUAAAAACAAAACAGUAAUUUGAUAAAAAAAGAAAAAGUGAUAAAAAUAUAUUUUUUAUGAGCCCAUGUCUAGCUAGGUUUAACAUUUGUCAAACUAAGGAAUCACAUUAUGGAUGCCUGUGGCAUUCAUUUCUGUGAAACAGGCUUGUAAAUAAAAAAGAAUACAAGAUUAUAAUUAUAAUGCAAUUAAAUGCAAAGGUGCAAGCGAGCUGGACAGGAUACAUAAUACAAGAUUGUUUUUCUUGCUGACAGGUUUUGUUUUUUCAGUGAAAAAAACGCUACAGGCACCUGCAGUGCCAUUUCUUGGUUUGGUGAAUAUUAGACCUUGGUGAAUGUUGCCUCAAUGCGAAAUUUCGUUUUUAUCUUUCGAUCCAACGUCCCGUUCUAAAACUUUCCCAUUGUAUACAACCACCAGCGUCACUUUAACACGAGAUUGGAGCUUUCUGCGAUGCAUCGUUUAUUUGGGGCCCAAAAACAGGUUUUAAUUUUCUCUAUCAAACCAUGUAUAUGUUUCUGGAAAGAGUCGGCGUACAAAUGAUGUGAACUGAAAAUUGACUGCGGGUACAAUUUAGAAUUACGUAACUUUACAUGGCCUUGAAAGGCUGGGUUUACUCGUAAUAGAUUUUACUGAGUAAAUACUCACCGGUUGAGCCUUCCGGGCUGCUGUGAACACGUCCACUCAACGCGAGGCUCCCUUUUGUGAAAAAUUGCCAUACUCUGUUUCAUCGUGACAUGGCAAAGAGUGAAUGCUAUGGCCCCAUCGGACCAAUCAGAGUGAGGGACAACCCUUACCAAAGGCAGGGGCUGUCAUGUGCAGUUGGAGAAGGGGGAAAGGAGGAACUUCGCUCUUACCCGGACCCUCUUUUGUACGUCCCAGACGUUGCUCUCGACCCCCUCGGAGACUAGCCUGUCGCUCAGAAUUCGUACAAAAGCGUCUUCUCUCCCGCCUCUGGAUUUGGCAGCACUACGCACAACUGAAUUGAAGCCGUCCAGCCGAAUCGGUCUGCUCAGCCGAAUUGACCUGUCAGCCGAAUGGACACUUCAGCCGGAUUGGGAUGACACCUAGCGAGAUAGAGUAUAAUCACGUGUUUCCCUCCGACGCACUGAUUGGCUCACCUGGACCGUAGCCUUCGUCGUUUGCCAAGUUACGAUAAGACAGUAUAAUGUCGGAUGUUGCUUUUAUGAGCUCUCUUUUUCAUUUUGUUGCUGUUGUGUCAGUCAUGCAAGUAAGGGUAUAAUGUCUGGCUUCCAAAGCAUCCCUCGUCUGUGUUUGUCUUUCCAAUAGGGAAGAAAAGCUCUUGCAACACUAAAUACACAACUUUUUUUUUGUA